AUGCCAGCGCAAUACCCUCUUGGUCCUCAAUUCAUAAUCCUCUCUAACAUUACUCAUUUCAACCCCGUGCUCUCCUUCACUGGCUUUCCGGGUUUGGAAGCUAUCCAACACUGGAUUCUCAUUCCCUUUUUCUUCAUGUACCUGGUGGCCAGCUCAGGGAACUGUUUCAUCCUGAUAAUUAUUAACACCAACCCUCAGGCUCACAGACCCACGUACAAACUACUAUCCUUAGGGGUGCUCACUGUUCUGGGACUUUCUGUGUCCAUCGUGCCCACCACUAUGGGGAUCAUUUUGUUCAACUCCCGUAGUAUCUAUUUUGAAGUUUGCCAAAUCCAAAUGUUCUGCAUCCACUCAUUAUCUUUUAUGGAGUCUGCAGUGCUCCUUGUCAUGCCUUUUGACUGCUUUGUGGCCAUCUGCCAUCCCCUGAGAUAUUCAGUCAUUAUCAUAAGCCAGCCAGUGAUAAUGGUAGGCCUGUGUGUCAUUCUUCGAGGACCUGUGGCCUUUUUCCCUCCUGUUCUCCUCCUGAAGGCUUUUCUGUACUGUGAUCCUCUGGUCCUCUUGCACUCAUUUUGUCUACAGCAGGAGGUGAUACAUCUGGCCUGCAUAGACACCACCUUCAGCAACCUGUACGCACUGACCCUGGGGGUGUUCACUGCCAUGAUGGACAUGCUGCUCACCGCACUGCCCUACACAUCCAUCCUGCACACAGUGGCAGAACUAGGCUCCCGGAAGGAGCAGUUAUCAGCCUUCCAAACAUGCACCUCACAUCUCUGUGCAGUGCUAAUAUUCUUUGUGUCCAUGUUGGGGCUCUCCCUGGUACAUCACUUUUAGAAAGAUGCCCAGCCUGCUGCCCACCUUCUUAUCGCUAACAUCUACCUUUUUCUCCCUCCCAUGCUUAACCCAAUCAUAUACAAUAUUAAGACCAAGGAGAUCCUGCUCGCCACCAUCAAGCUCCUGGGCAUUAGAAAGGCCAAUGCUAAGGUCUGGGGAUAA